UUCCAAAUCCACAAACAACAGAUCCAAGGUUCUAUCGAAUCACCAAUCAAUCAAAUCAUCAAAUCAACGCAUCAAAUCACAUACUCACAUCAAAGAGAAGAAAAAAUUAACCCACAUCACAAAUACAUUCGAUCGUAUUUCACCUAGCUAGAUCUCUUCUGUGCCCAAUCAAAUCAUCUUUUAAUCAUCAUCAUCAACAACAACAACAACAACAACAACAACAAAAUGGCAUCUUCCUCAGCCACCUUUCCUUUGGAACACCUCUCCCCUCCUCCCCUCUCCGAGCAACUCUGCUACGUCCACUGCAACUUUUGCGACUCCGUCCUCGCGGUGAGCGUUCCAUGUAGUAGCUUACUAAAGACGGUGACAGUGCGGUGCGGCCACUGUGGGAACCUCCUCUCUGUCAACAUGAGGGCUCUCCUUCUCGCCGCGGGGGCCAACCAGUUCCACUUUGCACAAUAUCCAUUCCUUUCCCCCACCCACCAAACCCUCUUGGGUGAGAUACCAUACCCACCACCUCCAAGCUUGGUUCUGGAUCAGCCCAACGUGACCAGCCUCAGCAACAACAACGGAGCGGCGACGUCGGUGAGAGGAAGAGAAGAUCAAGAGCUCCCUCAGAACCCAGUUGUGAUCAACAGAGCUCCGGAGAAGCGGCAGAGAGUUCCGUCGGCUUACAACCGAUUCAUCAAGGAUGAAAUCCAACGCAUCAAGGCUGGCAACCCCGACAUCUCCCACAGAGAGGCCUUCAGCGCUGCUGCCAAAAAUUGGGCCUACUUCCCACACAUCCACUUCGGCCUCAUGCCUAAUAAUCAAAGCCUGAAGAAGCCCAGCAUCUGCCCACAGCAGGGGAGUAAGGAUGUUCUUCUCAAGGACGGGCUCUACGCCGCCGCUACAGCGAACAUGGGAAUCGCUCCGUUCUAGGGCACGCUGAUGAUGUUAGGGUUUCGGUUCCUCGAUCUCUCUCUCUCUCUCUUUCUUACUUAAAAUGUUUACUACAUAUGUAGGUAGGGUUUUAUCUCUCCAAAUUUUUCAUAUCAUCAUAUGGCUUCUUAUUAUUUUUUUUUAAGCCUUCUAUUAGGUGGUUUUCAUGUAGAUUAAUUUACGUACUCUAAAACAAUGGUCGUAAUGUUACAGUAUGCUUUUCAACGAAGCCUAGUUACUUAAUUAGUUAGUUCCACACAUUAAUUGUUCCAUUUUGUUUUAUGAUCAUGUAAGCUUUUUAUGUU